AUGGCCGACAACAAGGAAGGAAAAGGCGGAGGUGGUGGAAGGCGUAAGAACCGCGAUAUGGGACGAGCCGAGUGGAGUCGUCAAGGAAUCGACAAGCGACAGCGCCUUGAGCAACAGGCUGAAGCGAAGCGCCGCAAGAUAGAGAAUGGUGAAGAGGCCGCUCUGCCUAUUUACGCCACUCAGUUCUCCAAGGAUGAGAUUGACGGAGAAGAGCGGCGCCCGAAGAAGAAGGUCGCGCUUCUGCUUGGAUAUUCGGGUACUGGAUACUCCGGAAUGCAGCUGAACGAGCAAGCACGUACCAUCGAGGGGGACCUCUUCUCGGCCCUAGUUAAAGUCGGUGCGGUCUCGAAAGCGAACGCAGCGGAUCCCAAGAAAUCGUCAUUCGUCCGUUGUGCCCGCACAGACAAGGGUGUCCAUGCAGCUGGCAAUGUGGUUUCAUUGAAAAUGAUUGUCGAAGAUGAGGAUAUUGUCCAGAGGAUCAACGACCAGCUCAGUCCCCAAAUCCGCGUGUGGGGCUACGAAGUUACCAGCAAGAGCUUCAGCUGCUACCAGAUGUGUGAUUCACGCGUGUACGAAUAUUUGAUGCCCAGUCACUGCCUUCUGCCGCCUCACCCGAGUACAUACCUCGGCCGGAAGAUCGUCCAGAUCGCCGAAGAGAAAGGCGAGUUGGAUGCUGUCAAGAGCCGACAGGAAGAGGUCGCGAAUUACUGGAAUGAGGUUGAUGAGCAAUACAUCAAGCCAAUCCUCGAAAGUCUACCAGAAGACAUCCGCGCCAUCGUGGAGAAGUCCCUGUUCCAAGACGACCAGUCUCGCGAUGCCCUCGAUCCUACCGCAGAGGCUGAAGAGCCUUUGCCUGCUUCAGAGACGCCUGCGGAGACCCAGCCGAGUGAGCCUCAAGUCGAUGAAUCAGGGGAACCCCUGCCAUUCGUCUUGGAGCCUCGACAAAGGGCCAUCAUUGACGCAACCAAAGCCGUCAAAGCCGCCUACCUCAAAGCCCGACGGGCGUACCGCGCCCCGGCCACCCGAAUCAACCGCCUGCAAGAAUGUCUCUCUCAGUACGUCGGCACCAGCAACUUCCACAACUACACAAUCCAAAAGGCGCACAACGACCCAUCUGCCAAACGUCACAUCAAAUCCUUCAAAGUCAACCCGACGCCCAUCAUUAUCGACGGCACAGAAUGGCUCAGUCUCAAGGUCCACGGUCAAAGUUUCAUGAUGCACCAGAUCCGCAAGAUGGUCGCAAUGGCCGCCAUGGUCGUCCGCGCAGGAUGUCACCCAGAUCGCAUCCCCGAGACAUACGGACCAGACCGUAUUGCCAUCCCUAAGGCACCGGGCCUGGGUCUUCUUCUCGAGCGUCCUAUUUUCGACGCUUACAACAAGAAAGCACAGGGCAAUGAGCGGUCGCCUAUUGAUUUCGGCCGAUGGGAGACAGCCAUGAAUGAAUUCAAGCAGCGGGAGAUUUAUGAUCGUAUCUUCCGUGAGGAGGAAGAACGUGCCGGCUUCGGAUCCUUCUUCAAUCACAUUGAUCAUUUCCCCGCCGAAUACUUCCUCUACGUCACUUCUGGUGGUAUCCCGGCUGCUAAGCUUGCAACUGCGACUACUCCCCAUGAGCCUGGCAGCCCGAAGGGCCGGACUCGCAACGGUCAGCGCACCCAGCGGGAAGCACUUGCUGCUAUUGAGGGUGGGUCUGAUGACGAGGGCAAAGCUCCAGCUGGUGGAGAGGAGGAGGGUUAA